UCAGAAAAUGUUCUCCUGCGUACUACUUGUUGGACUGCUCAUCCUCUACAUGAUCUGGGAUGUGAACUACUUUCUUCGGUGUGUGGCCACUCUCGGCUACGGCAUGCUUUUCCAGCGCAAACGCAAAGUUACGGAACAGACGGCCAUCUACGGACUUUGCACGACCCAGGACGUGGACAUCUUUAUCCGCCACAUGAACAAUGCACGCUACCUGAGAGAGCUUGACUUUGCACGCUUCCACUUCUACGGACUGACCGGUAUUUAUGGCAAAAUCAAGGCUAAACGUGGUGGUGCCGUACAGGGCGCCUCCAGUGUGCGCUACCGUCGUACGAUCCCGAUCUUUACCGCGUACAAAAUCAUCACCAAGCUGGUAUGGUGGGACGACAAGGCUAUCUAUCUUGAGCAACAGUUUGUGACGCUAGCGGAUGGGUUUGUGCGUGCCGUAGCCAUGUCGAAGCAGUGCAUUACCAAUGUGGAUGUACUCGAGCUGAUGAAGGAGUUCCCCGGCGCAGAGCAGAGACCUCCGAUGCCGGAAGAGCUCAAGCUGUGGCUCGAUUCGAUCGAGAUGUCUAGCCAGAAGCUACGCAAAGAUAAAUAG